AUGGUUUCGACACUUUCUCUCCGUCAUGCCGUUGUGGCCGCACUUGCCUUUAACGGAUUGGCUAUCGCUCACUACGAAACCGGAAACGCAGGAACAGCCACCAAAGAAAAGCGCCAGGUAGCGCCUCGGCAGCUCGACCAGCUUGUCGGUCUUCUUGCUGGUGCUGGUGCUGGCGGUGCCGCUGGUGCUGGCAACGGGGCCGGUGAUGGGGCUGCUGGUGGCAAGAAUAACGCUGGAGCUGGUGGCGCUCUUGACGGUCUUCUAGGUGGAGGUGCAGCCGGCAAGAAGAAUGAAGGAGCUGCAGGUGGGGCUCUCGAUGAUCUUCUAGGAGGCAAGGGAAAGCAAGGGAAAGCAGGUGCCGGUGGUGGUGGUGAAGCUGCUGCUCCAGGCGGGGCCGUCGGCGGCGGAGCUGCAAACAAUGGCACGGAGGUUCCACCUGCCAAUGGUGGCAAAGGUCAAGGCAAAAACCAGGGCAAGAACCAGGGCAAAGGCCAGGGCAAGAACCAGGGCAAGGGCCAGGGCAAGAACCAGGGCAAUGGCCAGGGAAAGAACCAGGGCAAAGGCCAGGGAAAGAAUCAAGGAAAGGGAAAAGCAAGAUGGAGCAGGCAAGAACAACAAUGCUGGUGCCGGCGGCGCUGCCGCACCCCGGGGAGGCCGCUGCGACAAACACGGCCGACUGUGGUGCCGCUGCUCCAUCGACACCCCCUGCCGCGGCCGAUGGCAAUGGGGAAUGCUGGCGAGGGCAAUGCUGGUCAAGGAAAUGGCAACGCCGGUCAGAACAACGACAACAACAACGAUGCUGGUCAAGGAAAUGGCAACGCCGGUCAGAACAACGACAACGAUGCUGGUAACGAUGCUGGCAAUGGUCAGGCUGGCGGCGCAGACGACACUGGCAAUGCAGGUGACGCCGGAGACGACAACGAUGGCGAGAACGGUGCCGGCAAUGGAAAUGGUAAUGGAGCUGGCAAUGGGGAUGACAAUGGAGCUGGCAAUGGCGCCGGCAAUGGAGCUGGCAACGGAGCUGGCAACGGUGCUGAUAACGGCAACGCUGGCAAUGACGAUGAGGAGGAUGGGCAGAACGACAAACGCCGGGUCCAAACCAUGCGGAGGCGUGGUGUUCUUGCCAACCUGCAUUGGUAA